UUGCUACCUAAAUAUUACUUACAGAAUGUUUUUCAUGAACAAAUAUUCCAUUGUAGUUUGCCUAUCAUUUUUCCAUUAUCCAAAGACCACAUACCUCCUUUUUAAGUUUCAAAUAUCACUGUAUUUGGAAUUGAAAAAGAUGGAGUUUGUUUUGCAGUCAACUGGAAACAUAUAUUCUGUUUGUUUUUCCAGUUAAUUUGAUAUGAAUGAUCAAAUAUAACUUUAAACUGCCCAAUUACGUUCCAAUCCAAUAUUUACAUAAUAAUAUAAAGUAAUUCGUGCGAGUUUGUCUUUAAAUUUGAUAUAUCUGGCUAAUGUACCAUUGUUGAACCAGACCCUCUGGAAAUUGUUGAAAGUGUCUAAUAUAUAUUGGUGCCUUCAGUGCAGGGGUACACCACAAAUUCUAAGUGUUUUCUUUUCAUUAACAGUUCCAUGCACGCUUUUUCUUAGUUUUACCAUCUAUAGAAUUUGAAGGCCUUGUUGUUGACGUAUCCAUAUUUAACAUAUAUUUUAACCAACCAAAAGAGCCUACUGACUCCAAUAGAACAUCCCAAAAUAUACAGUUUGCCCCAAAGACAAAUCACCAGCAGGCUAGCAGGGCUGAGUACCUCAAAGCCAAGUUUUCAUUCAUAAUGCCUAAAAAGCCAGGCCUUUAUUUAAUAAGAGGUACAUGUUUCUCAUUACUUCAUGAAGUAUAUACGAAACGUAUUUCUUUUCAGAGAAAUUUUUCUAUGUUUGGCAUUGCCUGUUUUAAUGUUUGGAGUGGACGGCCUAAUCUUAAGACUGCCAUGUCAGACAGAAGCAUAUUUCACCGUGACAAUGGCUUGGAGGUAUCUUCAGGAUGCCUUGCUUCUGUCACUCCCAAAUGCUACAGUACCUGAGUGUACCAAGAGCUGUGUACAGCACCCGAAAUGCAAAUCCAUUAACAUGAAAAGCGAUAACACGGGCUGCGAACUGAAUUCAAAACAUCAUGAUAUGCUGGGCAUUUCAAUGAUUACAACAGCAGGGUGGACCUAUGUGUCAACUGAUUACCAGUCAUUGAAGAUUGGCCUGACAUGCAGAUCAGCCUCGUUUUGCCCACCAAAUGUCCUUUGCAGAGACACCUGUGAUCCUCCAUAUUAUGAGUGUGUUCAGUGUGAUGCGUUCCAUGAAGGGCUACACUGUGACAGACGUAAAGAUUUUGAUGAAUGCUUGCAUUCGCCAUGCCAAAACAAUGGGUCGUGCACUGAUCUAACGAAAGAUUAUCUCUGUAAUUGCACUCCUGGCUAUACCGGCAAAAGUUGUGAGACAGAAAUCAAUGAAUGUUUGAGUUAUCCAUGCUUAAACCAUGGUCAUUGUAUUGACCUCGUGAAUGGAUACAGUUGCAUUUGCUUGCCUGGCACUACAGGGAAUCAUUGUGAAACUAACAUUGAUGAUUGUGCGAGUGGACCUUGCCAGAAUGGGGGCACCUGUAAUGAUGGGUUGAACAAGUAUAACUGCACUUGCGCAGGUGGCUUUAGUGGCAAGCAUUGCGAACAAGAUAUUGACGAGUGUGCCAGCAGCCCUUGUUUGAAUGGAGGAGACUGCACCAAUCUUAUUAACCAAUAUACCUGCACUUGUGGAACUAACUACAGAGGCACGAACUGCGGGAGGUUAAAAAGGGAGGAAGAAGAAGACUGAUAUCUGUAAUCUUCGAAACACAGGAUGGUUAAUGGCCAUGAGAGUCAUCAGAUACUGGAAAGACAUCUUCCAUGUAAUCUUGCACCUUUUUGCGGUCUUUUUACUUUCUUUACAUUUUCCUCACAAUUACACUAUUAUUCACUAUUACUUUUGAGACAAAAUCGAUUACGCUGUGCGGAACUUAAUUAAUUUGAGGCUAAUUUCAUUACACUGACACUUAAUUCUGUGUGUUUUUUAAAGUGAAACAUAACAGACUUAUAAGCAUUCUUUAAAUAAAAGCAUUGAUAAGCAUUGGCAUUCAAAAGCUACACUGUCGUAUGUCGAAAGAAAUCAACGAGCUUUAGAUUUAAGUGCUGCUCAAUUUCGCUGUCAUUUUUUCAUUCAUGUCUACUGUUCAUCUAAUAAGGCAUUCGCUGUAAGGAAUUUUGAGGCAUUCGGUAAUAUUUUUGCAAUACACCAAUUUGCUUAUCGAGUACCGUGGGGAGCAUAGGCGUCAGAUCUUGAUUGGCUGCGAAAGGAAUCGCCAAAGAAGUCCCCAUUAAUUGAAAGCAAACAAAUUGAUAUU